AUGGAUGCAAAAGAGGCUUUUGAUGAGAUCCGUGCACGUUUUGCCGCGCGACCCCUCUUUCCAGAAGUGGAACUCAAGUUAAUUGAGAUGCGCCGCCGUGUUGAAACCUCACUGCGCCAGCAGGGUGGGUCAUACAUCUCAGACAUGACGGAGGUGAGCGAUGCUCAGCAGCGUUCUUCGACGUCGUUGAUGCGAAAGCUUCCACCUCCGAUUGUUCGCCCGGCUGCCGUGGAGGCCCUGAUGCACCACGUGGCUCCCCUACCAGUGCGGAAAGAAGCGGAGAAAUACGAGAAGGGUGGUGUGGCUCUUGUGCACUCUGACGGAGGUGGUGACAUGAAAGACAGUCGCACUGAAGAUUACUGGAGCCAGAGACAUUUGACGCACCUUUAUGCAUCAGGUAGGAGGGUCUUUCAUGCCUCAAGGGGUUCAUUCAAUUUUACCCCAGUGGCGUCCUUUCCGUCUGGGGCAGGCCUGGAUCAGACACCCGACGCUGGGACGCGGUUGCCCAACAGUGAUAUGUCUACAGGGUAUUACACGCCUGGGACCGGUGGUGUGCGAUCGCCACGAGGCACGUUGGGAUUGAAUCGGAAUAUAUUCUCACUGCUGAACAGCAGCAGUGGUGCUAGCAUGAAGCAAUGGAAUGAGCGUGGUGAUGAACGGCCCGGCGCGCUCCUUACGCCAUUGAGCUUGUAUGACGGAACCAACGUCGAGCGUGUGCGCCGGGCCGUGCAAAAUAAUGUUUUUGAGCAGGAGACAAAAAGGGAAGCACAGAAGCAAGGGGAGGAAAAGGUGUGUGAGUAA